CUUGAAACGGCAUGUUUGUUACGAACAGCCAGCUUAUCAGAUUCGCAUCCUUUAAGGCUAUACGCGUGUAGCAAACUAAUAAUAUAUACGCCUCUACUAUGUUACGGUGGUCAUAAUGUUUACCAGGCUGAUGUACUCCUGGUCGUCAUCAUCACUAUUUGGUGUUAUUACUGUCAUUUUUUUGCAUUCUCUAUAUGCAUUGCCAACCAAAGAAACACCUCCACAACAAUUCGGUUUAAUAUUUGACGAAGAAAUUCAACAGAUACGCGAAAAAUUUCGUCUUCAUCAUGUCAGUAACACCUCCAACUUUUCAGUGUAUACUUAUGAAUAUUCCGACAAUGGUCAAUCCAUUCAUGUUACAAUAAGCAUUCCAAAAAGUGACUUAGAAUUUGUGGAUGAUUAUAAUGUUAGGCAGGUUACCUGUAUGGUUAAAUACAGUAGCCCUGUUCCUUUAGCUUUAUCGUAUGAUAUGGAUUUCACAGUAUCUGUGGAGUUAGUCAAUCGAUCUUGGCAUUGGUUACCACCAUCAAUAAAAGAGAAUAACAUCAAUAUCACUGUGUAUAUAAUGCCAAAACUAUUGGGUUUAGAUUACUUGAUAUUUUGGAUUCGGAAGGCUAACACAAUUCCUGGAUAUGGAAUUCCUAUUUCAUGGUUUGCUAAUGAUUCUGAAUCUUUCCGCAAACAUUAUUUCAAUAGUCUUUCAGUAAAUUCUAUUUCAAAUGUUUCAUCAAAUAUUAUUCAAAAUAAUGAUGAUACGAAUAAUUCAAUGGGUUUUCCAGUUAUUGUAGUCAAAUACAAAGGAACCGGUUAUUUAAUAUUUCGUAUUUUUGUUAUAUUUAUGGUGACUUUAUUUACAUUUACUAUGGGUUGUGAAUUAGAAGUACCUUCAAUGCGUAAUCACUUUAAACGGCCAAUUCCUGUAGUUAUUGGAUUUUUUUGUCAAUUCGGUUUUAUGCCAUUGAUUGCCUUUACUAUUGCAAAAAUUAUCCCUAUUAAACCAGAAUUUGGUUUUGGUCUACUGACUAUCGGUUGUUCUCCAGGCGGUGGAGUCAGUAAUGCUUGGUGUCUUUUACUCGGUGGUGAUAUUAAUUUAAGCAUAUUGAUGACAUUUAUUAGCACAUUAUCAGCUCUUUUUAUGAUGCCACUUCUUCUCUUUGCAUAUGGACGAUUCUUUAUUGAUGUGACAACAGUGAAAAUUCCAUAUCUUAAUAUUGUAUUCCAAUUAUUACAAGUAGCUGUACCAGCAUUAUUGGGUUUAGGUCUACGCGUAUGGAAACCGAAAUGGGCUACAAUAUUUACCAAGCUUACACGUCCAUUAUUCACUUUCUUUAUAUUCUUCUUUCUAACUAUUGGUACAUAUAUUAACUGGUCAUUAUUUCGUCUAUUAGGUGUUUAUCCAAUUGUAAUAGCUACUGGAGCAUUAUUACCAUGGUUUGGAUUCAGUUUAGCUGCAUUAUUUGCAUUGAUUUUACGACAAUCACGUAAAUUGAUUGUUACAGUAGCUUUAGAGACAGGUAUACAAAAUAUUGGUGUUGCAAUUCUUGUAUUAUUGUAUUCAAUGCCAAAACCAGCCGGUGAAUUAGGCGCUAUUAUACCUAUCACUGUGGCUAUGUUCACACCACUACCAUUAUACUUUAUCUAUCUAGGAUUAAUAAUUAAACGAAAAUGCUGUGACAAGCAUAAAACACCAACGCCUAGUGAUCCAGCUGAAAAAGAAGCGUUGAACAGUAAGAAGACAAGUAGUAGUGGUGAUAGUGGAACCAAUAUAAUAGUUGGUAAUAAUUAACAUCAGUCUGUUGUUGUUGACACUAAUGAAUACGCGAAGAUUAAAUGCAAAGAUUUCUAGAUGAAAGCAAUCAUUGUUAAUUUUUGUUAUUGUUCGUUUUUGUUGCUUUCUUAUUGUUGUCUUUGUAUUGUACCUUGUCUUGCCAUGUCGAGUUGACCAGUGUGAUUACUUCUCUAUCAUUUUUUACUAAUUUCUGAAUUUUCUUUCUAAUAUUUAACUCUUUAACUUAAAAAAUAUCAAUAAAAAGUAAUUCAUUUUUGUCAUUUCAUUUAUUUUUGUAGACAAAUAAAGUUGCAAACUAAGAUAUUUUGAAAUCUUUACUAUCUGGUUUGUGUAAUAUUUUCAUUUCAAAGAAUGAGUUUUAUUUUUAUUUCCUUGGGAUCUGGAUGGAACAUAGCGUUUCAACAGCACACCUCCACUUCACUCAGUUCUCUUUAAUUCUCCUUCUUGUAUUUCCUAGGUUCACGACUGUCCAUAAGCUUCCAUCUGCUCCCCUCUCCCCUCUGAACACAAUCUAUUCCAUACUCUCCUCAAAGUGAUACCAAACCAUCUAUUUCCCAUUCGAGCUGUACUCGACAGUCUGUCGCAUGAUUUCGCUAAAUGGUCCUUUCAAUGUGUAUCCGACUCAUCACAAUUUCUUUUUGCAUAUUUAUCGAAUUCUGGCUUAUUGGUUGACUAACUGACUGACUAGUUUGUCAGUGUCAAUGGGGCUAAUGCUUUCUGCUUUGACAUCUGAUAUUCAUUCAGUAGAGAGCGGAGACAGUUGUCGAUAAAAGUUAUCAAGGAACUUAACCCUAAGUUCCUAUGAUUUGCGAAGACGCUUCGAAUCGACUACUACUAAGUAUGAUUAUCAACUUUAACUGCAAAAUACAAGGACUUGUAAUAAGAAAAUGUAUUCUUCAGCAGUUAAAUUCAAUCUAUCAUACAGAGUUUAUAAACAAAUGUUUUACAAAUAAUGUUUAGUACUUUUAUUCGUAUUCUUUCGUCUUCUUCCAACUUGUACACGAUUGAAUCAUACGCACCUUCGAGUUGCCCGCAAAUGGCUACCAAGGCCAACGAACCAACGUUCAGUGUUCAUAUUCAUUUACAAAAGUCUUCAGUAGCCUGUUGGAAAUACUUCUUGUGACGAGUGGGCGGAUUUAGUUAAUCAAAGAGAAUCACUGACUGGCUUGAUGUUCAUGUUAGAAAUGCCAAUCAAGUU